GGCGCCACUCACCGCUACACCUCCGCAGUCAUGAAGCUGGUUAUCCUGCUGUGCCUGGUGGCUACGGCUACUGCCGGCUACCUCCGCGGGCUCGGCUACAGCGGCCUCAACGGCUUCGGCUUCGGCAACCUCGGUUACGGCGGCUACGGAGGCGUGGGCUACGGAGGCUUUGGCGGCCUCAACAGCCUCGGCUUCGGCAACUUCGGUUACGGCGGCUACGGAGGCGUGGGCCUCGGAGGCUUCGGCGGUCUCAACAGCCUCGGCUUCGGCAACUUCGGUUACGGCUACGGCCGCCGCUACGGCUAUCCCGGCUUCGGCUACGGCUAUCCCGGCUACGGCUACGGCUACCGCUACGGCCAUAAAUACGGCUAUGGCCACUGAUGCAGACACAAAUACAUAUACUGACUCUAAUACCAAUGAUUUUUAAAAUAUAUUUGUCAUGACGCGUUACCGAUGACGACGGUUUUCCUGUGCUGCUUAAGUGCUCAUCCACACUGUCUUCGCACCCGGCGGACAAGUCUGCUUGUGCAUAUUGAUGCAAUGCUUAAAUUGUUCUGCAUGGCUGUUGGGUUGUGCAACU